CGCCUGCCUGGUCCUUGUCGCGCCGCGGCUCCCCUUCCGAGCUACCACAGUUGGGGCGAAACCGAAAUUCGCAGGCUAGGGUUUGCUCUGCGUCGUGCCCACAGUUCGCCACUGACGCAGGGAUGCAGAGGUACGGGCUGCAGCUGCGCAAAAAGCCGGCGGCCUCCUCGUCGUCUCGACCGCCACCUCCGGCGCGCCCCCUGGCGGCCUUCGCCGACGACAGCGAUGACGAUGUGGAGGCCGACAUCCUCCGCCAGUCAUCGAAGAAACGCGCCCUGGAGAAGGUGGAGGAACUGCAGAAGAAGGCGAUGGAGGAGGAUCCCUCGGUGUUUGCUUAUGAUGAGGUGUACGAUGAUAUGAAGGAGAAGGCCGCUCGGCCCAAGAUACAGGCCAAGGUUGUUCGCGAGUCAAAGUACAUUGAAGCACUUAAGGAGAAAGCAGAACAACGUAAAAGAGAACAGGACAUAGUGUAUGAGAGGAAGCUUCAUAAAGAGAGGAGCAAGGAAGACCACCUGUUUGCUGACAAGGACAAGUUUGUAACAUCUGCCUACAGGAAGAAACUUGAAGAGGAGAAAAAAUGGCUAGAGGAAGAAAGACGACGGCAGCUUCAAGAAGAAAGGGAUGAUGUAACUAAAAAGAAAGACUUGAGUGAUUUUUACUUUGGGCUUGCUAAGAAUGUUGCUUUCGGUGCACGGACACAUGAGGGCACAGAAGCUGCAGAACCUGAAAAGUUGGAAAGUAAAGCAGAAGAUAUUCAAGGUAGCAAGUCUGAUGCCGAAGGAUCUAGUCGUUCUCCUAAGCGCAGGAGGGAAUCCAGUGGAGGAUCUGAGAAGGCUCAUGAAAGUGGAAGUGUGGCAGAAACUGCAACUACUGAGAAAGAUUCUACAUCUGCUAGAUCUACUGAGAAAGAGGCAUAUGUUUCCUCAUCUGCUUCACAGGCUCUCCAGAAUACUCAACCAGCACCAAUCACCGAUGAGCACUACAAGAGGAGUAAUGAUGCACUUGCCGCGGCUAGAGAACGAGCACUGGCUCGUAAGAGAGCAAAGGAGCAGCAAACAUGAAGUAAGAUGCAGAUAUAAUCUCAACAUGCAAAAGAUCAGGGCCGCGUAAUACACUUGACAUUUGUUUUUGACUUGCAGCAUUUUCAGUUGUUGAUGCAUGUAUCUCCCUGGCAUAAAUAUAUUCAGCUUCUGUGGUCAAAAUAUCUGUACAUCGACAUCUGACAAGCAAGCACACUCAGACAUCAGAAUGACCAUUCUGCUAUGCAUGAUCAGGAGAUGAGAGGUUAAUGUGAGCCAAUUAUAUUUACUGAAUAUUUGCGCUGCCAAAAAAGAGAAAAACCUUGGCACAGUCAGGCUGAUGGCAAUCUGUGCCCUUUCGUGUGUUCCAUUGUACUCUGUAACUAUGUAAUGACUCAAGCUGGUAGUUAUUGACUGGUCGGUGUUGAAUCAGAGAUAUUGAGAUGGUGUAUGCCCUUUCCCAAAUAAAAAAGAUGUAUGCAGAUUUUUGGUUUUCCAAGUUUUCA